CAAUCAGAGAUGCUAAAAUUCCUCCUAUAAUUUCUGGAAUUACAUCGAUGAUUGAUAUCCUAAAAUAACUAGCCAAUAUUUACAGUUAACGAGAGAAUCAUGUACAGUUAAGAAAUUAAAUAUCAAUCCCAAAAAUUGAGCACUGAUUACGCUUAUUAAUAUCUUAUAUAACCAUAUGCUGUUCAUAUACUGAAUAUACUGAUACUGCUCAUACCUUCCUCUCUUUCCGAAAUCAGCAAUGGCCUCUGCCACAGAAGAACGUAUUUGUUUUUGUCUGUGUCUUUUCCUUUUCCUCAAUCUUUCAACAUCGACCGCAGACUACACAGUUCCAGCGCCGUGGCCGAAACAGUUCCACUCAGUCCUAUUCCUAAACAGAAGCGGUAAUCUUAGAAAAACUGACUUCUGGUAUGAUUGGCCCAACGGACGCAUCUUCAACAUUUUCCAGAACCAGCUUGGUAUUCUCAAAUACGACCUUGCAUGGAACAACCGUACCUCCUUUUUCUACACUGUUGACCCUUUCAACUCCACAUGCGAAGUGCUUCAUUUUGAUGUGGGUGUUCUACCACCCAAUUGGCUUCAUGGUGCUAACUAUUUGGGUCAACAACAUUCCGAAAAUUUUCUAUGUAAUGUUUGGGAAAAGGACGAUUUUAUCUGGUACUAUGAGGAUGUCGUCACUCGAAAACCUGUCAAGUGGAUCUUCCACGACGGAAUGAUUACUCAUGUAAUGACAUUUGAGGUUGGAGCAGUUCUGGAUGAUGCCCAUUGGCAGGCUCCUGUCUACUGUUUUAGUAAGGCUGAGGCUGAACCCCAGCAGAAAUACAUGAGAAGGACCAGUUACUUGUUAGAUUUUGAAGAUGCUGUUGAAGGUGGCUUUAGUAGCUUAUGA